AUGACGAACCAAGACAUCGAGAACAAGCCCGCUGUUGGGGUUCCUUACUUCACCCCAGCUCAGGAGCCCCCGGCCGGUACCCCGCUUGAUCCGGCUUCGGCCCCGACAGUUUUCAAGCCCCUCCGGAUCCGUGGCAUUGAGCUCCAUAACCGCUUCGGAGUGUCUCCCAUGUGCACCUACUCGGCUCAGGAUGGAAAGCUGACCGACUGGCAUCUCGUCCACCUAGGCCAAUUCGCCCUGAAGGGUGCCGGCCUUGUCUUUGUUGAAGCCACCGGCGUUGAGCCCCGAGGCCGCAUCAGCCCUAACGACUCUGGCCUCUGGGACGACGAGCAAAUUGCCCCUCUCAAGCGCAUUACAGACUACAUCCACAGUCAGAACUCGCGAGCGGCUAUUCAACUCGCUCAUGCCGGCCGCAAGGCAAGCACACUUGCUCCCUGGAUCGGCGGCACUGCUACAAAGACGCUUGCACCUGAGAGCGUGGGAGGCUGGCCUGAGGAUGUCGUUGGACCAAGUGCGGUCCCUUUUGCGGACGACCAUGCCACGCCGAACGAGUUGACGGUGGACCAGAUCAAGGAGCUCGUGCAGAAGUGGCAGGAUGCUGCUGUGAGAGCCGUCAAGGCGGGCUUUGAUGUCAUCGAGAUUCAUGGUGCCCAUGGAUACUUGAUCACCAACUUUCUCUCGCCCGUUUCCAACAAACGAACAGAUCAGUAUGGUGGUAGCUUCGAGAACCGAACCCGCUUCCUCUUCGAGAUCAUCGAGGCCGUUCGCGCCGUGAUCCCCUCCGAGAUGCCCCUCUGGCUGCGCAUUUCGGCCACCGAGUGGAUGGAGUGGAGCGGAGAGCCCUCAUGGGACCUUGAGAGCAGCAUCCGCCUGGCCAAGCUGCUCCCAGCCGCCGGCAUUGACGUCCUCGACGUGAGCAGCGGCGGCAACGCCUCGGCCCAGAAGAUCAAGGUUCACCAGACCUUCCAGUCGGACCUGGCAGGCAAGAUCCGCGAGGCCCUCCGCGCCGACGGAAAGGAGCUACUCAUCGCGACAGUGGGCCUCGUCGCCGACGGUGCCUUUGCCCGGUCCGUCGUCCAGGAGGACGAGAAGCCCCAGGCCGACUUUGUCCUCGUGGCCAGGCAGUUCCUCCGGGAGCCCGACUUUGUGCUCAGCGCCGCGCAGCAGCUGGGUGUCGAGGUCAAGUGGCCGAACCAGUACCACCGGGCAGGACCCAAGCCCCGUGGACGGUCCCUACAAGCAUCGCAGCACCUGGGGGUGAAGGUGCAGGUGGGGUGGGCAGGUCCCCUUCCAGGCGGUGCAGGGUCCCUCAUAGGCCAGAGCUGCCCUGUGGAAGCGCCACAACCCGCUGAAAGACCCACUAGCCCGCCCGCUGGAGGGGCCCAUGGGGCCGUGCUGCCAACUGCAGGUGCUCAGGGCAGGUCCGGCUGGUACUGCCCGCGCUGCCUGGUCUUGAUGAUCAAUCCAAUCCAGCCUCCAAAGGGGACACUUGUUCAAUUGAGCCCCUCCAUCCAUCCAUUCAUCGCCCCCCAGCCCACCUCUCAUGUACCCAGACCCCAGCCCAGCCGCACUACAAGUACAAAACUCUCCGCCUCCAUCUUCUCUACUCGAACAUCUCCUCCUCCUUUCCCUUCCUCCCCCCAUAUCAUUGACCUUUCCCUUGCCCGUCUCCCAGCGAAGCCCUUCUUUACGGCCAUCAUGUAUCACAAGCGCAUCGCCUGCGGCUUCAUGGCGGCUCUGGCUGCCUAUGCCUCCGCCGCCGACUCGGAUGUCCACCAGCUCACCCAGGACACCUUUGACGAGUUCAUCAAGUCCAACGACCUCGUCCUUGCCGAGUUCUUCGCUCCCUGGUGCGGCCACUGCAAGGCCCUCGCCCCCGAGUACGAGGAGGCUGCCACUACCCUCAAGGAGAAGAACAUCAAGCUUGCCAAGGUUGACUGCACUGAGGAGGCCGACCUCUGCAAGAACUUUGGCGUCGAGGGUUACCCCACCCUCAAGGUCUUCCGUGGCCUUGACAACAUCACUCCCUACAGCGGUCAGCGCAAGGCUGCUGGCAUCACCUCCUACAUGAUCAAGCAGUCCCUCCCCGCUGUCUCCAUCCUCACCAAGGACACCCUCGAGGAGUUCAAGACUGCCGACAAGGUCGUCGUCAUCGCCUACCUCAGCGCCGACGACAAGGCCUCCAACGAGACCUUCUCCAAGAUCGCUGAGGGUCUCCGCGACACCUACCUCUUCGGUGGCGUCAACGACGCCGCUGUUGCUGAGGCUGAGGGCGUCAAGGCCCCCGCCGUUGUCGUCUACAAGGCCUUCGAUGAGGGCAAGAACACCUUCACCGAGAAGUUCGAGGCUGAGGCCAUCGAGUCCUUCAUCUCCACCUCCGCCACCCCUCUCAUUGGCGAGGUUGGCCCCGAGACCUACGCCGGCUACAUGUCUGCUGGUAUCCCCCUGGCCUACAUCUUCUCCGAGACCGCUGAGGAGCGCAAGGAGCUCGGUGACGCCAUCAAGCCCAUUGCUGAGAAGUACAAGGGCAAGAUCAACUUUGCCACCAUCGAUGCCAAGGCUUUCGGUGCCCACGCUGGCAACCUGAACCUCAAGACCGACAAGUUCCCCUCUUUCGCCAUCCAGGAGAUUGCCAAGAACCAGAAGUUCCCCUUUGACCAGGAGAAGGAGAUCACCCACGACAGCAUCGCCAAGUUCGUUGAGGACUUCUCUGAGGGCAAGAUUGAGCCUAGCAUCAAGUCUGAGCCCAUCCCCGAGACCCAGGAGGGUCCCGUCACCGUCGUCGUCGCCAAGAGCUACAACGACAUCGUCCUCGACGACACCAAGGAUGUCCUGAUUGAGUUCUACGCUCCCUGGUGCGGUCACUGCAAGGCUCUCGCCCCCAAGUACGACGAGCUUGCUUCCCAGUUCGCUGCCUCUGAGUUCAAGGACAAGGUUGUCAUCGCCAAGGUUGAUGCCACCCAGAACGACGUUCCCGAUGAGAUCCAGGGCUUCCCCACCAUCAAGCUGUACCCCGCUGGUGCCAAGGACGCUCCCGUCACCUACCAGGGCUCCCGCACUGUUGAGGACCUCGCCGAGUUCAUCAAGGAGAACGGCAAGUACAAGGCUGAGGUCUCCGCCAAGGAGGAGGGUACUGAGGAGGCUGCCCCCGCCGCCAGUGAGGAGAAGAAGGAGGCUGAGAAGGAGAAGGAGGCCGACGGCCAUGAUGAGCUGUAAACACAUGAUGUCAUAUUAGUAUACUAAAAGGGGCUUAUCUGAUUUCACGGGCGCGGGAUUUGAUGGUGCUGUCGUUUGAUGGCACCUCUGAUGAGAUUUGCUACUAGUUUCCGUGGCAAAAUUGGACAAUGAUGAUUGACUACCACUUGAUACACUACUGCUUGUUCCUGAACCAACCGUGCCAUGAUCUGUUACAAUCUUGAGGAAUGUGAAUAAAACUUGACCACCCUGCGUGGUCUACCAUUUGCUCGGCUCCUACGACUUGAAUAUCUAGCAGACAGGAGACUGGCUUGGAGGUUCCAGAGUCUGUCUGCCCAGCCCGGUAGACUUAUCAGGCUAUCAGUCCACGGUCCGUCUUCCAAUCUUUGACUGCCAGGAUAUGAGAGUCAUGACUGCAGCCAGCGUAUUAUCG